AUGCGUAAAUUUCUAGAACCAACCGCCCGUAGCUAUUCACUCCCAGUAACAGAUAGUUCACUUAACCCCUUAGCUCAGAGUUUUGAUGUCAAUAGAAACCAAACAGCAUCGUUCAAUUCGCAACUAAUGUACGCUCCUCAUAUGUCAAACAGCAACAACCAAUUUCACAAAUUACCAAAGUUAGAACUUUCUAAAUUCGACGGCAACAUUCUUAAUUGGCAAGCAUUCUGGGAAUCUUACGACACAGCAAUUCACAGUAAUCCCUCAUUAACAGACGCCCAGAAAUUCAACUAUUUGAAAACACUACUUCAAAACGAGGCUUUGACUACAGUUUCGGGUUUUACGCUCACAAAUUUAAACUACAGUAAAGCAAUAGAUUUGUUACACCAGCGAUUUGGACAGACUCAAAAAAUCACGCACACGUACAUGCAGACUUUGUUAGCUCUACCCGCACCCGAUAGUACAGUUCAAUCAUGCCGCAGAUUUUAUGACAAGUCAGAAACGCUCAUAAGAGGACUAGAAUCACUAGGUCAAAGUCAGGAAUCAUAUGGUGCAUUACUUAUACCUAUUAUGCUCAACAAAUUACCAAGUAGAAUUAAGGAGAAUAUUACCCGUGAACAUGGUUUAAAACAGUGGUCGCUUGAUGAACUCAGACAACACUUAUUUAAUGAGAUAAGUAUAUUAGAAGCCGGACAAAGAGUUAAUUUAGAAUCAGAUGAAACAUUGCAUAGCACAGUAUACCUCGCAAAAACUGACACAAAAAAUAACUACAAUAACAAUAACAGAAAGCCACAGAGAAGUGAGGUAGCCGUUCACACGCGGAAACCAUGUAUUUAUUGCGGUGAGUCUCAUAGCCCUAAUACAUGUAUGAAAAUUGUUGACCAAAAAGCCCGUCUAGAAAUCCUUAAACAAAAGAAAGCUUGUUUUAAUUGUCUUGGCAACCACCGAGUUACAGAUUGUAAGUCUAAAGGAACUUGUAAACAAUGUGGACGAAAACAUCAUACCAGUAUUUGUUUAAAUAAGAGUCAGUCUUCGGUUUCUAGCAACAGUAUUUCGAAUCGUAACAAUAAAGAUAAUAAACCCGCUUCAUCAGAUAAGCAAGAUAUAGCCGAAACCGCAUCAGCAAUGCACUGUACUACAUAUUCACAAGUACUUCUCAAGACCGCGAUAGCUACGGUGCACUCAAACGCGCAAGUCAGUAUGGACGCAAACAUACUAUUCGACGAAGGGGCUCAGCGCUCGUUUAUCACAGAAAGUCUAGCGGAGCAAUUAGAACUAAAACAAAACGGAACAGAAGCCAUAUCAAUUUCUGGAUUUGGAGGAGGUAACGGAUCAAUACGCCAUUUGAAAACCGCUGACAUAUUUGUACUCACGGAAGACGGAAGCCGCAUACAGCUGAAUAUACUCAUUGUUCCUGAAAUAGCUUCACCGAUACGGAUACAUACUACCGAGACAACUAACUUACCUUACUUGCGCGGAUUAAAAUUGGCACACCCGCUUUCAGGACAUGACGUUUUCUGCGUAAAUUUAUUGAUAGGCGCUGACCAUUAUUGGGAUUUCAUGGAAGAUAAGAUAAUACGAGGCAACGGUCCAACUGCAGUCAAGUCAAGAAUAGGGUAUUUGCUAUCCGGCCCGACACAGAAAUCAACAGAAGGAACUACUUCAAUGAUGAACAUUUUAAUUGGACACAAAGAAGAGGAAUAUGAUUUAGAAAACUUCUGGAAAAUCGAGUCAUUAGGAAUAACACCACAGAAUAAGGAGAAAUCAAACGCAGAAUAUUUGGAAAACUUCAUAUCUACAAAUAUAUCGUACGAUGCCAAUACUUGUAAAUACACAGCAAAACUUCCAUGGAAAGACGACCAUGAACCACUUCCGUCCAACAUCGACAUAGCUAGACGAAGAACAGAAAAUGUAGUACGAAGACUCAGCAACGAUCCGUUUUUACUUAGAAAAUAUGGUGAGAUUAUAAACGACCAGGAAAAGAGAGGUUUUAUUGAACGCAUAGACAACCCAACAACAAGCACAGAACAUGCGCAUUAUAUCCCUCACCAUUCAGUCAAGAAAGAUUCAGCGACGACACCCAUCCGUAUUGUUUAUGACUGUAGCUGUCGUCGAUCACAAGACACGCCCAGUCUGAAUGAUUGUUUGCGCAAAGAACCCCCGAUCUUAAAUGACAUAUCAACACUUUUGAUGCGAUUUAGAGAGAAUAGAUAUGCUGUUGUUACCGAUAUAGAGAAGGCGUUUCUUCAAAUCACGCUAGACGAGAAAGACAGAGAUAUGACGAGAUUUUUCUGGCUAAAGGACUCAACAGACCCUACAUCAAAGUUGAUUACUUACCGCUUUAAAGCUAUCCUAUUCGGCGCAACGUGUUCACCUUUUAUAUUGAAUGCGACCUUAUUAAAGCAUUUACGUGAACAGUCUAGUCAUACAUCUGAAACACUCAUAGAUGGAUUAUACGUAGACAACAUAAUUGCAGGCUUCGACAACACAACUGAACUAUUGAAGAGUCAAGAACACUGA